AUGACACUCCUCACGAAGACUGGGCCAAGAAAAUGCGUGGACCCAGUAAAGCGCGAGGAAGCAUCCAACCAUACUGGGAUUCCCAGUACUAAACGCUACCGUGAUCUGAUCCACUCAGAUGGAUCAGCUCAACCAAAGGGGAGUGUUCCUAGUGAAGAUUCUUCAUCGUCCUAUGAGGUUGGUGCAUAUGCACUUCGAAAGCGUAAGAUUCGCACGCCAGUGGACUUGUCACCACGUGCUGAGGUUGAAUCUCAUGACUUUCAAGCCUUCAGCGUGGAAAGUGAAGCCAGAGCUUGGGAUGCAUUCUACACCGACGGACGUGAUUCUGACGCACCUUUCUCGGGGUUCGACACCAGAGUCACUGUAAAGAUGUUACGAACGUGCCUGAGGAAAAUACGGUCCCUACCACUCAUCGAUUCAAACGACGUUUUGUUAGAGGUUGGCCAUGGUAAACACCCGUUAAUUUGGGAUCUCAAGCGUUCGUUUGGCAAAUUCAAAUUCUAUACGGGUAUCGAGUUCAGUGGUGACAGUAUUUUUGAAGCGAUUAAGCUAAGAAAGCGCACUACCGUUAGGGAACGCGCUGCGGAGCUCGGGGAUAACGUCGAGUUUCUGCGUGCCACCAGCAUUGACUAUUUCAACGCUGAUGGUUCGUGUAGCGCAGAGGUUAUACUGCCGUCCAAUGCCAAUGCGCCUCGGUUAUUCGCAGGAUCGGUUACACUGGUGCUUGCCAAAAGUACACUCGACUACGUCACCUGCAGGCUCACAGGCAGUGUGGACACUUUAGAGUGGGAUCAACAACCUAGCAUUUCACCAUCAGUGGUUAGAAUGUUUGACACGUUUUCUACUGCUCUAGGUAAAGCCGACGACGACCGCGUGAAGGCAGUCAUAUUCGUUGAGCCAGGUGACUUCGUCAAGUUUAGAGACCAUAUCGCAACAAUCGCACGCGUAAUUUACGCAGCAACGUUCCGCGACGACUCUCCCGCCAAAUGGCUGCGGCUGACCCAGGUACAGCGGCACAAGAGUCACAGGGCUGUCUGCUACACUCUACAAAAAACAUCAGAAAGCUACUCCAGCUACCAAGAGCUGCGAAAAGAUAUUUGUCGCCUUACUGCACGUCUUUACGACCUUAGCGACUCUCAGGAUGGCGAUUGGUUGCUGCCGCUAAUGGUCCCGCCUAAGUGGAACAGCAGCUACGAUGCCGAUUUCGAACAGCUCUUGGCGAUAUAA